AUGAAGAGAGUUUCGCAUACAGUCCAGGACCUGGUCCCAGACCUGCAGACCCCUGCACAGCCCUCAAGACCUCCCCAAAGCCAGUUCCUGAAGAGUAACAACAGCAAUCUCCGCUCAUUUGAGGACCAAGUCCUCUGUCCCAUUUGCCUGGAGGUGUUCCACAACCCAGUCACCACUGCCUGUGGCCAUAACUUCUGCAUGACCUGCCUCCAAGGGUUCUGGGACCACCAGACUGCCAUGGGCGAGACACUCUAUUGCCCCCAAUGCCGAGAGAACUUCCCCUCCAGGCCCCGCCUCUGCAAGAAUGUCAUCCUGGGGGAGAUGGUGGCCUGCUUUGUCCAGGCCAGAGGCCAGGCCAUGGGAUCCCUCUGGAACAUGGCUGGGCCCCGGGACGUGCCCUGUGACUUCUGUUCCCCUCCAAAGCUCAAAUCUGUCAAGUCGUGCCUGCAGUGCAUGGCCUCCCUGUGCGAGAAACACCUGCACAGCCACUUUGAGGACGAGUUGUUCCAGGACCACCAGCUGCUGGAGCCCAUGUGGGAUCUCAAGACCCGCCUGUGCCGGAAGCACCGCAAGCUGCAGCAGCUAUACUGUCGCUCCGAGGACUGCUGCAUGUGCUCAGGCUGCCUGCUGGAGGGGCACAAGAACCACGACACCACCCCGCUGGAAGAGGAGCGUGCCCGCCAGGAGGUGGAGGUUCGGAAGGUCCAGGCCAAUGUGGAGAACCAGAUGUUGAUGAUCACCUCCGACAGCCAAAAGCAACGGGAGCAUGUGGCCUUUCUCUCGAAAUUGAUCCAGACCAUGCGAAAUGAGGUGAACACCUGCUUCUCAGAGAUCAUCCAGGAGGUCAAACAGCUCAAGAUAAAGGUCUUGGAUUUUGUCGAUAAAGAGGAGGCAGUUGCCCUAGAGAAGCUAAGCAGCUCCAUCCAGCAGAGCCACACUCAGCUCCGGAAGCUGGAAGGGGACAGUGUCUGGCUCCACAACCUGCUCAGCAACCGCAGUGACCAGCAGUUUCUGCAGGAGCUCCCCAGGCUGAAACUCUUCCCAAGCUGCAUGGAACCCCUGAUGGGCGUCCACUGUGAAGAAACACAGAGCUUCCUCCAGCUGCCAGAGACCCUGGCCAAACUCCAGACUCGGCUGGUGGAUAUGGGUCUCAGCUUCGUCAACCAGCUCCUUCUGAAGGGCAUUAAGAUGAGCUCCUAUGAGGUGCUGCCCCCAGCUGUGGACAGGAAAACACUCCUUAAGUAUUACUGCAACCUCAACUUCGACCCCUCCACGGCCAGCGAGGAGCUGUUCCUGUUCAAGGAGACCUACUCCGUGCUAAAUUUGGGCAUCCUGCUGGAGCCCACGGACAUGGGUGGCCCCCUGCCCGGCUUUCAGCAGUGGCCACAGGUUCUGUGCUCCCGGGGCCUGUCCGAGGGCCGCCACUACUGGGAGGCCGAGGUGUCCAACUCCUGGGUGUGCUUGGGUGUCACCUACCGGCGCAGCCCGCCGCUCAGCGGCCCUCCGCGCCGCAACAUCGUGUACCUGCUGGGCCGCAACCCCCACUCGUGGUGCCUGGAGUGGGACUCGCUCAAGUUCUCCGUGUGGCACAACAACACGCAGACGGUGCUGCACGGCGCUUACCACCGCACGCUUGGCGUAGCGCUGGACUGCGCCACCGGCUGCCUGUCCUUCUACGGCCUAGCGGACGGCGCCAGCCUCAUCUACCGCUUCCUGGCCCGCUUCCUGGAGCCGCUGUACCCUGCGGUCAUGGUCAGCAGCGGAGCCUCAAUCACGCUCAAGCAGUGCCCCGAGACGUAG